AUGCGCGCCUCUCUCGGUCGCGCCGGGCUCAUCGGCCACAUCGACGACACUAAUGCGGCCGCCCCCACCAACGCCGAGUGGGCCUUCGCGGACUACACCGUCCUCAACGUGCUGCAUGCCGCCAUCGACGAGGACGUCGCCGACAUGGUCCUCUCCCUCUACCAGACUACGCGCCAGCUGUGGCUCGCCGUCCUCGAGCUCUUCUCCGCCAACAAGGCCAGCAAAACCAUCUACCUCGACUUCGACUUUCGUCAGUUGGUCCAGGGUGCCUCCUCCAUCACCGAGUACUGCCGGAGCAAGAAGAAGAUCGCGGAUGCCCUCUCCGAGAACGACUCCCCUGUGUCGGAUCGCGCGCUCGUCCUCAACACUCUGUGCGGUCUCGCACCCCGCUUCUCCUCUGCGUCCACGAUGAUCUCCAUGACGGACCCGCUGCCCACCUUCCUCCGCGUCCGGAGCAUGCUCCUUAUGGAGGAGAUGCAGUAG